AUGCACUCUGAUUCUUCCAAAAUUAGGAAGAUUUAUAAAGCCAAAACUCCUCACGGAGAUAUUUCUGAAGAAGAAAGAAAAUCAAUUCACUCACAACACAGUUUGGUAUUUCUUUUAUUAGGGAUGUCCCUAUAUCCUAAUACAGAUACCAGCCUAAUUGCUCAAAAGCUAUUUUCAUGUGAAAAUUUCACUAAUGACAUUAAUCUUGCGCACAAUGUAUCCUUGACAAUUAUCAGUGUUUUAUUAUUUUUGUUUGGAAGUUACCACAUUUAUAUCUUUAUCGGUUCCAUUUGGGCAUCCCUAUUAUGCCAUAUAUGUCAUAUCUUAACAGGUUUUUACGGUAGAACUGUUCAUGCACGUAACACCUUCAUAGCAAUUUUUUUCUUUAUGGGAAUAUUUAGGUCUUCAUUAUCCUUCACUUGUAAGUUUUUAUUAUAUCAUAUCAUUUUAGGCCCUCAUAUUAUUUCCAAACUUUUUUUAUUUUCUGCUUAUCUCAUUUUUAAUAAUUCACGUUCAGCCUUUUCACUUUGUAUGGGUAUAUUUCAGGCAUUUUUAAAUAAUGUGACCCGAGCUAAGACUCUCAACCAACUAAGGUUAAAUUUGGUUAUUAUUCAUUCUUUACAAGCCUUUAUCACUUUAGUUGCCGCCGUUUGGUCUACCAUUUUGUUUGUGAAUUACAAGGACAAAGCACAUGAUAAAAAUGAUAACUUUGAAAUGAAUAAAAUUAUUGAAAAAUUUCAAAAUUUUAAAUAUUUAAAGUAUUACUAUCCAAGGUUUGUCUUGUUUCACAUUUGUUCAGUAAAAUACCUUUUCCACCCCGGUUCAAUCCCAUUUUUGCUGGAGCUUCCUAUUCCUGUUAAACUGAGAGGAUCAAUUGUCUAUACAUUUGGCGAGUUUUUGGGUAGAAAUUCAUCCAUAUUUCUAGAUGAAACUGUUAUAACCAAACCAGGUGAUUCAAUCGACGAUUCAUUUUUUGUUAUCAGAGACAUUCCCUUGUUUUUUUUGAUAUUUGCCAUUAUAGCUCUGAAUGUAUCCAUAUUGUACUCUACAUUCACUGCCAAAAUAGCAAUUAGCAGAAGCCCUUCAUUCGUUUUGACUUCACUAAUUAUUUCAGGUUUUAGUUACGGUUAUCUUAUAUCAAAAGCAACACUGGGCUCUAAAGCAAUUCUUGAUCAUUAUUCAAAAAAACAAUCAGAAAUUCCUCGACAAUCAAAGGUUGUAUCUGAAGUUGUUAAUUUUACUUACUACUGUUCCUUAUUUGUUCCUUACACAGUUUCAAAACUUAUUCAAAAAAGAUUAAGGAAAAGUAGAGUUUCUCGAGACUACAUCCUGACUAGGAACUAUGGUAACUUAUCAUUUGAUGAUGUCUCACUUUUACUUACAUUGUUGAACAAGUAA